AUGAGAAUAUCUUCAUCUUCUACACAACUGAUAUGUUCCCUCUUGAUAUUCACCUUGGCCUCGGUCCAAGGAAACUUUGCCUCUGGCACAUUCAUGAAUAGGCAAUUGCAUCAGAAGACGAAUAUCUUGAGUCGGCAGCCAUCAUCAUCAAUCGCUAUUGACGAGUCAUCAACCCUGGAGAAAGUUCAAAGAGGCGGAGCUCGAGCAGAGCAAGGAAAAGCAUCAAUAACUUCUUCUGUCUUCAAUCUGGUCAACAAUGUUGCUGGAGCCGGCAUCUUGACGUUAUCAGCUGGCAUGGCAGGGGGAACUGGCUGGAUUCCUGCCAUUUCCAUUUGCACCAUUCUUGGAGCUAUCAGUGCACAUUGUUUUUCCAUUAUUGGAGAAUCCUGCGAAAUGACUGGAGAAAAGACAUUCAAGGAUCUUUGGGGUAGGACCAUUGGCGAGGACUCCAAAGUUUUGGUUGAUUUCACAAUCGCACUGAUGUGCCUUUCCGCUUGUGUCAUCUAUUCUGGAAUCUUAGGAGACGUUUUCACUCAACUUUUUUCCCAGGCUGGCUUUCCUGACAAGUGGAAUGGACGCACAUCAAACAUCUUGGCAAUCACAUCGUUUAUCUUGCUUCCAUUAUCGAUGAUCAAGGACCUCUCCGCCCUUGCAUUUACAUCAUUACUUGGAUUUGCUGCAAUCAUAUACACGGUAUUCUUCAUUGUUUUUAGAGCAUUGGAUGGCAGUUACAAGGUCGGAUCGGGAAAGUUUGUUACUGACGGUCUCCUCCUAGCACAGCCUGCUUUCGAGGAGUCGUCCCUGCUGAAUUUUGGCUUCACCUCCCUAGUACUUUGCUCUAACCUCGGGUUGGCAUACAUCGCCCACUACAAUGGUCCCGCGUUCUACCGAAGUCUAAAGGACACAAGUGCCAAACGGUUCCGAAAAAUGGUGAACAUUGCCUUUUCUGUCCUUGUAGCCUUAUACGUUAUUACAAUGGUAGCAGGAUAUUCAACUUUUGGUGAUGUGUGCCAAGGAAACCUUCUUCUGAAUUAUCACCCAGGAGAUAUCUUGUCAACUCUUGGGCGGCUUGCAACCGGGUUUAGCAUCCUGUUUGGAUUCCCCUUGGUGUCUUGUGCUGCACGCGAAGCUGUUGCUGGUGUAGGAGCAGGCCUUGGGUUUCCACAACUGGGUGCCCCCAAAUACCAUUUCUCACUAGUUUUUGGAAUCCUCUCGGUAGUGACACUCAUUUCCUGCACGGUCAAGGAUGUCUCUCUCGUUGUCGGCCUGACUGGAGCUCUGUUGGGGUCAGCUAUUGUGUAUGUCUGCCCACCAAUCAUCUACACCAAGGCAUUGGCGCUGACAAAGGGAGAAGGAAGCCCAGAGCACAAUGCAGCGAAAUUGAACUUGGCCCUUGUGCCAUUUGGAAUCGUCAUUGCUGCAUUGGGAUGCUUCAUGACUCUCAAGGGGGCUUAA